CGUCUGUGGUUGACGUGAUCUGUCAUUGCAAUUUGUAAACUUAAUUUUUUUACCAUUUUUUACUAUAUAUUAUUUAUUAAUAAAGUGCAGUAAUUAUUAUUAAAUGUUCUUGAGCCUGUAUAAUUAUCGGUUAAUUUAAGUUCAAAUUUACUUACUAUUUAGAAUCAAAAGCUUUUAAAGGUAUCCUUUCUCUACAAUUGGAAUAAAUAAAUUUAAUAUGCCACCUAAAAAACAACCCGACAAAGGUGGUAAAGGCGGCGGUGCAGCAAAAAGCGGCGGUAAAUCAGGCGGAGACGCAAAAGAAUCAGCCGGCAAGGAAAAAAAAGGCGGUACAACUGUCAAAGUACGUCACAUUUUAUGUGAGAAACAAUCAAAAUGUUUGGAAGCUUUGGAAAAAUUGAAAGCCGGUCAGAAGUUCCCUGAUGUAGCCGCCGCUUACAGCGAGGACAAAGCGCGACAGGGCGGCGACCUCGGCUGGAUGACGCGUGGCUCCAUGGUUGGACCUUUUCAAGAUGCGGCAUUUGCUUUACCAAUAUCUUCUGUGACAAACCCUGUUUACACAGAUCCCCCAAUUAAAACGAAAUUUGGCUAUCACAUUAUUAUGGUAGAAGGCAAAAAAUGAGUGAUACAGUGUUUGAGUUUGAAUAUUUCUGGGCGAUACUUUUGUUAUUUAUAAUGGAGAGAAUUUGUUGCCUGCAAGAACAAUUUGAUAAGGAUUUUUCAUUGUUACCUGAUGCACAGAGAUCCCUUGACUCGCUAGUUUCUAAUAUUGAAGACUUUGCAAAUAGAGAGUAAGCUUUUGUAAUAAUAUUUUUAUAAAUGCAUAAAAUUUAAAUUAUCAGUAAAGUAUAUUUACUGUCAAGUCUUGGGCUUGAUCCCUUUUUGAGACUGAUGAUGCAUUUGUCCAUAGUGUGGACUGAGCAGUUAAAAAUAUGAAUUGGGAUUAUAAAACAUCAAAUGUACAUAUAUAUGUAUUGAUAAAUCCUUUUAAAAAUUAUAAUUGUUACUUGUUGUUUUCAGUUCUGGACUAAAACUUAGUUUUCUAAGGCUUUAUCGGUUAAUGCACAUAACAAUGUUGCUCACUUUGGUAUAUUUCUGCAAUGUGUGCCUUUGGUUCAUCAUGAUCAAGAAAGUUCCGACUCGAACCCUCAAGUAUAGAUUUAAAUUAUCUUUUCCGUCAUAAUGUUUUUCGGGAUACAAUGGAAAUAAUAUGAAAUAAAUAUUAUUGUUACUUU